AUGGCAGACGCAUCAGACUAUCCCGACGACGUUCAAUUCGCAGGCCUUGUUCAAGCAGCAACCGCAGCAGCUGGUGAACAGACUCGGGACCCGUCGUCGCUUGGAAAGCGCAAGCGAGACAACGAUGUCGUUGAACACGAUCCUAAACUAGAUGUAGGGGGCGUUGGAGAUGCGCCUGAUCCUGCAGCUGCGUCAAACCCUCCGCACCUUCAGAGCUCUGCGUCUAUCUUGUUCCGAGAACCAUCUUCAAAGAGUGGGAAACACAGCAGGCCACCUCUUGGAAAGGUCUUUGCGUCUUUGGAGCUGGCUCCAGAGAACUUCUUACGGCUUCAAACUGAUGCCAAGGCGUAUAUGCUGGACGAGGCGCAUCCUGAGCGAAGAGAGGUUGUGGCACCCAAGAAAAGUGCAGGUGGCUCGGAUUUCGCCAAGCUGAACUUGUGGAAUUGUGUUGAGGAGUUCCUCUCCGUCCACGGCUAUGGGGAGAAGUAUUUUGCACCUGGAGCAGGUGUUGGUAUUCCCGGAGUGCCUCCAAGGACUAUAUUCUGGCCGCAGGACAGCCAGAUCAUCACGAAGCUAAUGAUGCCGCUGAUGAGGAAGAUGGUUACCAAUGAGCGCCAGCGGAUCUAUGCUGCCGCGACCAGAAGACAAAGUUCCGCCAAAGGAUCGGGCGAGGAGCAGUCACCGGCACCUGUGGACAAGCCUAUGGUGUCCCAGGGCAAAGUUCCUGAAACAAUCUACCCGGACCAUGAGAAUGAAGUACAACUACCCAUACCAGUCCAACAAGAUGCCCCAAGCUUGCCACCACAUGUGUCACGGCCAACAACAACAUUCAAGCAAUCAAUUGUUCUUUAUGUUAACGUGGUGUCAAAUACCGCCGGAGCGCUAAGACGAGUGAUACCCCGGUUUAGCUUGACAGCAGAGGUAGCCCCUAGCUUGUCAACUUUGCUUGCGGAGGUGGAGAAAAGAUACACCUUGCCGGUCAAAACGGGAGGUGGUCCUGGCGUGCAAAGCCGUCCAGUUGUCAAGGUAUGGCUCCCAGAUGGCCUGGUAACGGUCGAGGAAGACGGACAGUGGAUGAUUGCACUGUUGAGCGCUGGGGUUGUCGACUGGAUGGACGGUGAAGUUCGAGUGCUCGUCGAAGUCUGA